UGCGUGCGUGCUCGUUCCUCCCUCCCUACCCCGCGACCCCGGAAUAGCCGAACAGGAAACCUCCUCCCAUCUCGGCAGGCGGCGGCGGCACAUCGUAUCGGGAAACCGGAAGACCCCCUCCCUCUGGCACAAAAAUCGACAAGAAUCCCCUCGUGCGCGAGCCGUUGCGGCAGACACCCGUCCCGGCAUUGCCGCUGUCUCCGUCUCCGAGGGGGUGUAGGUGGAGGUGGGAGUGGCCGCCGCCGCCGUUUGACGGAUCCUCGCGGGAGGGUGGGUGGCAAUGGGCGCCGCGGUGGGGGAUGGCCGGGAGGAGGAGGAUGAGGGGGUGAUGGCGACGGACUUCUUCUGGUCUUACACGGACGAGCCGCACGCGUCGCGGCGAAGGGAGAUCCUGGCCAAGCACCCCCAGAUCAAGGAGCUGUUCGGCCCGGACCCGCUCGCUUUUCUCAAGAUUGCUGCAGUUGUAUCACUUCAGCUAUGGACUGCUACACUCCUCCGAGACGCUAGUUGGGUUAAGAUUUUGACAAUUGCAUAUUUUUUUGGCUCUUUUCUGAACCACAAUCUCUUCCUUGCAAUCCAUGAACUCAGUCACAAUCUUGCCUUCACAACUCCAAGCUACAAUCGCUGGCUAGGUAUAUUUGCUAACCUUCCAAUUGGUGUCCCCAUGUCCAUUACUUUCCAGAAGUACCACUUGGAGCACCACCGCUUCCAAGGUGUUGAUGGAAUUGAUAUGGAUAUCCCCAGCCAAGCAGAGGCACAUGCUGUCAAGAAUGCCCUAAGCAAAUCUAUAUGGGUUGUCUUCCAGCUGUUCUUUUAUGCACUUAGACCGCUAUUUCUCAAACCAAAACCUCCUGGCUUGUGGGAAUUUACCAAUCUAACAAUCCAGAUUGGACUAGAUGCCAGCAUGGUGUACUUCUUUGGUUGGAGAUCACUCGCUUAUCUGAUACUCUCAACGUUUGUUGGUGGUGGCAUGCAUCCUAUGGCUGGUCAUUUCAUUUCAGAGCACUAUGUAUUCAAUCCAGACCAGGAAACCUAUUCGUAUUAUGGACCCCUGAAUCUGAUGACAUGGCAUGUUGGAUACCACAAUGAGCACCAUGAUUUUCCGAGAAUACCAGGAACUAGACUUUACAGGGUAAAGGAAAUCGCGCCAGAGUACUACAACGACCUGAAAUCGUACAAAUCCUGGAGCCAGGUGAUAUACAUGUACAUCAUGGACCAAACUGUUGGUCCUUUCAGCCGGAUGAAGAGAAAGGCACCGAAAAAGGAAUCGUAGAUUCAUCCAUUUGGAUUGGUUUGUUUCAGAUGACAUUUUUCUGUGCGCAUGUUCUAAUUUUGCUCUUAAUACAUAAUCGUUUAGGUCAGGUUUGUUUGUAAUGGGAUAGGCGAAUUCUUAUCAUAUGGUUGCUAGACAUGCCGUGUGUGCCUGUAUGCAGUGGGCUCAGACCACCCUAGACACAGUUACACCGCAGGUGUGCUGUGUUUACUAUAACUCAUUAAGUUGUAACCGUGGUACCGGUUGAAAAUUUUGUAGUUCUCCAUCAGCAAUGUAUUGCACUUGAAAGUGGUGUAGAAAAGUGUUUUGAUCAGGGAAGCAUGGUUGGUGCGACAGCGUAGUCGUGAGUGUGUAUGACUUUAUUUAUGAGGGUUUUAAAUCCCACUUUUUAUGUUGGCUUAGUCUCCAGAAGUGUUCAUAGGAGUUAGGUGCGCGUGUGAACAUUCAUAGGGGUAAGUGCGUGUGGAUAUUCUUUGUUAUGAGGUAUAUUGAUAACUGAGUUGGAAAGAAGUUGAAGAACUUUGGGAACACUUCUAUGGACACAGUAAAAUCAUGACAUGUAUAAUAUUAUAAUCGCAUAUUUUCUCAAUGGAAC